CCGGAGGAGGGACCCGGAAGCAGAAGCGGAGCCGCGAGGCUAGCCGAGCCGCUGCCCCCGCUGCCCGCCGGCGCCGGGUGGGGGUCCCGGCGGCUGGAUGGGCAGCGGCGGCGCGGGCCGCGGGCGGCGAUGGGCGAGGAGCAGAGCACGGUGAGCGGCGGCAGCGGAUCCCAGGAGGCGCGGGCCCCCGCUGGCGGCGCCACGGGCCACCCGGAGCCCCCGAGGCCGCGGGGGGACAGCGCCGGGGCGCCCGGGCCGCGCGCCGCCUCCGCGGAGCCCAGCGGCGGGGGCUGCGGAAGCGACUUGGGCUUGGCGGACGCGAGCGCCGUGGAGCCCGCGAGGAGCGGGGGGGCCCCGGGCGGGAGGAAGAGCCCAGCACCAGGGCAGCCCGCGGGACUGGCGCUCACCGGGCCCCUCAACCCCCAGACUUUGCAACAGCAGCUGGAAGAGGAGAAGGAGGAAGCUGGGCACCGAGACGAGGGAGGGAAUGAACAGCAGGAGGCGCCCCCCGGCGAGGAGCUGGAGCCCAAGGCCCGCGUCGGGGCGGCCGACGGGCUGGUCCUCGACGUGCUGGGUCAGCGGCGCCUGCCCCACGCCAAGGGGCAAGUCUUCUGCUCUGUGUUCUGCGUGGAGAAAGCCCUGCCUGAGGCCCCCACCGCGGAGCAGCUUUCGCCACCUGCAUCGCCACCUCGGGCUCCGCCGGUGACGAACCCUCCCAGCUCCCCCUCCGCCUUUCCCAGCCCCCGGCUGUCCCUUCCAACGGAUCUCCUGUCCCCCGACGGCGGCAGCAUCGAGCUGGAGUUCUACCUGGCGCCCGAGCCGUUCUCCGUGCCCAGCCUAUUAGGAGCUCCACCCUACUCUGGCCUGGGUGGGGUGGGGGAUCCCUAUGCGCCCCUCAUGGUGCUGAUGUGCCGGGUGUGCCUGGAAGACAAGCCGAUCAAGCCCUUGCCCUGCUGCAAGAAGGCCGUGUGCGAGGAGUGCCUCAAAGUCUACCUGAGCUCUCAGGUACAACUUGGCCAAGUAGAAAUCAAAUGCCCUAUCACAGAAUGUUUUGAAUUCCUGGAAGAAACAACGGUUAUCUAUAACUUAACACAUGAAGAUUCCAUCAAGUAUAAGUACUUCUUGGAACUUGGCCGCAUUGAUUCCAGCACCAAGCCAUGUCCUCAGUGCAAGCACUUUACAACCUUCAAGAAAAAAGGACAUAUUCCCACCCCUUCCAGAUCAGAAAGCAAAUACAAAAUCCAGUGUCCCACUUGCCAAUUCGUCUGGUGUUUCAAGUGCCACUCUCCUUGGCAUGAAGGUGUUAACUGCAAGGAGUACAAAAAAGGAGACAAAUUGUUGCGUCACUGGGCCAGCGAAAUUGAGCACGGGCAACGGAAUGCCCAGAAGUGUCCAAAGUGCAAGAUCCACAUCCAGAGAACAGAAGGGUGUGACCAUAUGACCUGUUCACAAUGUAACACUAAUUUUUGUUAUCGAUGUGGGGAGAGAUACCGCCAGCUCCGUUUCUUUGGAGACCACACAUCAAACCUCAGUAUAUUUGGAUGCAAAUAUCGCUACCUCCCAGAGAGACCUCAUCUAAGGAGAUUAGUGCGAGGGUCGGUCUGCGCUGGAAAAUUAUUUGUUGCACCUCUAAUCCUAGUCUUGGGAUUAGCACUAGGGGCCAUAGCGGUUGUAAUCGGUUUAUUUGUAUUUCCUAUCUAUUGCCUUUGUAAAAAACAGAGAAAACGAUCACGGACAGGAAUGCACUGGUAAAAUGCAGAUGAUUUCAUUUACUAAGCUGGUGCAGGUAGGAGCUAUAUGGAAUGGUACAGCCAUCGGAGUCACAUCUUGAAAAACACUGAGAGGAACCUGCCGUCUCAUCUCGCCAUGAGUCUCUGCAGGCUGCACUGCCUCUGGCUCCAGGGUGCUCCCAGUAUGGCAUCCUGUCCUUUCCUUAUACACAUUGCUGCUUUUAAAACAUGGUCACUUUCAUAAACUAUCAACAUCUGUUAUAAUAAUUCUGACCUUCUUAAUGGUUCUUGGAAGAAAAUAUUUUAAUUGAGAACCAGUUAUCCUCAGAAUCAUCUGAGCGUGCCUGUGCUGGGCACUGCUUGGACUAUCUUUGUACCUGAACCUCCCACCAAGGCCCUCUUCUGAGGCUUGGUGCCAACAGCUGAAGUCCCGCCUGCACCAACGUGCAAGGCCACUUGUCAGAAGGUAAAGGCUUACUGUGUGCACCUGUGUUCACCUGUGGCCAAGCAGUAUAAUUCCUUCAUCCUUCAGAUACUAUAAUUGUCAAGAAUUUCAGUGUCCAAAAGGGAACUAAUGAAACUAAUGAGAAGAAUCAUGAGUUACUGGUGUUUAUGUGUAGGGAUGUGAAUGUGUGUAUAUUUGAACAUCUGUAUUAAGACUAGGUCCAAUAACCUGUGCUUGUCAAAUUCUAUGCCUCUACUCUAGUUUUCCACAUUUUCAUAGACAUGUUUAAAGUCGAUUGUUCCUUUGUGGGCAUAAUUUGAUGAUGUGCUGAAUUAAAGUCAAUGUAGACAACAGGCAGUUUCAAUGUUGAUCCUUUCUAUUUCUUGCUCUCUCUCUCUCUCUCUCUCCCCUUCUUUCUCUCUCACACACACACAGAAAUCUGUACAGUGUCACCUCAAGGAUUUUCAAACUGUAUAAACUGACAAAACCAAUAGGCUGCUUUUAGGAAAUUCGCAAGAUCUGAACAUUCUUUUCACAUUUCUUAUAUUUUGGCAAACAUGCUUCACCAUAUGAAUAAAUCCUUCAGGCAGAAUUAGUUAAUUUAAAUAACAAGUGUGCUUUAGAGGGAACUGCUUAAGACUUUAAACAAAUCCUUAUUCUUCUAAUUUUUAACCAGCUUAUAAUUACAGAUAAUUCUGCUUUAGAUCAAGGCUUGAUUAUUUAAAACCACAACUUUCACCAUUGCUCUCUCUCUCUCUUUCUUAUUUGUCCCCAGUUUUUCUAGUUUCAACAUUGUUUUUCUUACGUUUACUGCUCAAAUGCAUAAAAAUGUAUUGCUAUCUUCUUAUGCAGGGGUAAUUUGAAAACAAAACUUUUUGUGUUCAUGGGUUUAUCAAAAGUAUAAACUGCUUUUGGAGAAGGAAACAAAAAAAUGAAGGUGAUAAUUUCAGGAAGUUUUACCAAUCUUUAACGUUAAGGAAAGAACAAGUAACUAAACUAGGUUAUUCCUUUGUUUUCAUUAUAAAUGUUCAUCAGUUCAUCAGUAGAAUGGAAGUACAGACUCCUAGGAGUUUCCACUUGUCUCCAGAUCCUUAAAAUUAGCUAUCUGCAUAGAUGUAGCAUUUAUAUAUCAGCAGCCUUUUCUGAACUGUAAUAAAUUAUAUAAUAAAACAUGCAUUAACAUGGAUAGUUUAUCUUGUUGGGUUCCAUAUAAAAAAUAUUUAUGAUUUUCAUUUGACCUAAGAAGUCCAUGAUAGUGAAGUUUACUUGCAUGGGCACUUCCAUUUUUCUAAAUAACACUCCGAAUACCUAUACUACAGCUUCUGGACUAGUCUAUUUCUAGCCGGAGAAGGUUAUGCCAUUUAUGAUUUUGGAAUGAAAUAUUUCUAAAGCAUAACAUAAUACCAGGAAAAGUGAUGCUGUGGUUUCACAAAUUCAUACUUCCAUUCAUCCAUCCAUCCAACAAAUAUUUGCUGAGUGGCUCUUCAAUGUGCUUUAGUAAUAAAACUGAGAGAAUGAGAAUUUCUAGCCUAAAUCCAUGUAAUUCUGUCAUAAAAGUGCUUAAUUUUUGUAAGUUUGUCUUUCUUAGACUUAGAUGUUAAUGAUAUGUGAAUAUAAUAAAUUAUAGUGGAUAUAUUUAUGUAUAUAUGUGCAUGUGUAUAUAUAUAAGCAUAUAUAUGCACAUCAUUUCUAUAUCUGCAUGUGAAUACAUAUGUCAGAUACAUAUGUACCAACUGGUUAAAUAAUGUACUCUCUGGUCUUAGAUAAUCUGUUUUCUUAGGUUAUUGUAUCUGUUGUCUUUGGCCUACUCAGGGAUUUUUAUUCCUUUCUUUGAAUAACUUAUCUUUUGGAGAUCUUUUUAUAUUAUUUGGAAACGUUCCAAUUUUCCAGUUACAAAGUGGUAUCUGUUAUCAGUGAAGGCUCUAUCAUCAAUGCUUGAGAUAGUAUGCACAGUGCUGCACAGGAUUUUCAUUUUUCUAUUGCAUAGAUUUUUUUAAUUAGGGUGUGCAUUUUUCUCUUUCAGAGUUGGUGUAUAUUAGGCUCUUCCCUGCUAGUGACUUAAAUUAAUUAUUUGUGAAUUUUUUACUAAAUAUCAUUAAGAUCAGAAAAAGAGAGAAGAAAAUUAAAAGGAUUAUUUAUAUGUUAGUGCCAACAUUGAAGGUAAAACAAUAGUAAUAACUUUUGGGAUAAAUCCUAAAAACUACUUGAGAAGACAAAGCAUGCACAUACAAUAAAUAUCUUCCUAUUCAAGGCUUGUCAUUUUUGUACAUUUAAUGUAUAUACUCAAAGAAAUCAAACCAUAUAGAAUUAGAAAGUAUAAGCUCCUCUGCUUUAUCCCUCCCCUUAUUUUCUAGGGGUAACCACUGUUAAUGGUUUGUUAUGUGUCCUUCCAGACAAUUUCUACAAAUAUACAAAUAAGUGUGUGUCUGUGUGUAUAUUAGUUUUAUACAAAUAGAACAAUAAUCUACUGUCCUGUGACUAUUUUUCAUUUCAUUAUACAUUGGUAGACACCUUUUCAUAAGCGUUUAAAUAGUUGUGUGGGGCUAUACUUUAAUUCAUUUAAUUAGUCCCCAUUGAAUGGAUAUCAUGACUGUUUCCACUUCUCUGGUACACGGCAUAAGUGAAGACCCUUUAUAUAUAUCUUUGUCACUUUAUUGGAACAUUCCAAUAAGUUUUUAAAAUUUGGUUUUAUAAGAUAUUUAUAAUAAAAUUUUAAUGCAUUUUCAGUGAAUGAGAUCAUAGGAAUAAUGUGUUUGAGAUCCUUUUCUUGGAGAAUGAGAAAGAUUGUGUAGAAGUGUGUAAUUUUUAAAGAAAAGCAUCUAUUGCAGGAUAAUUUCACCCCUGCUUGAUUAGCCAAAUAAAUACCUUGCCAAAACUUUAAAAUAUUUUAUUCCAAAAAUAUAAGCUGCAAUAGAUGUCUAUAAGAUACAUGAGAAAGAUGCAUUGAUAUUUAGAUUACCUACUUUUACUUGAGGGAUUUAAAUGAAAUAGCCAAAUUGAUAAUGUUUGCCACAGUUUCUAAACCCUAUCCAUGUUCAUGCAUGUUGCACUACAAAGGAACUUAAUUAUGCCAUUGUGAAAAGUAGGAAGCAAUGUGUUGGCAAUUGUGAAUGAUCACAAUUAUCCAUAGGAAAGUUAAUUUCACUAUAUGUAAGUUACAGUGGUUUGUUGGGAUGCUAAUAAAUUUGGAAUGCCCUGAAACCUUCAUUUUAUAGUGAAUACCCCCCAUAGAUCCCUAAGAAAUUCUGUAUAUGAAGUUAAGAAAUGUAGAGGGGUCAAACCUUUUAGUACAAGCAACAUCCUGUUGCCACCACCUUGAUUUUCUGAUAGGUGCUACUGUAUCCUAAAGGUAGACCAGACAGAAAAACAGAUAAUUAACAGUGGUCAGCUUACAACCUGAUAUCUUUAAUUGUACUUACUCUGCUGUGGAAUCAGUAUUCAGUGGUGCCUGUCAGGAAACUACCCGUCCCUUGCCACCCACCAUCUCUUGAGUCCCAGGGCCCAAGUUGAACCUUUAUCUUUCAAUCCUACUGUCCAAAUAUAUGGUCCACAACUCCCCUAAAAUACUUUCAAAACACUGUAAUAUCUUCUAGUCCCAGUGACCCUCCCCAACUUCCAACUCCUCUGUUAUUCUAAGUAGCUAUUCUUCACUAAAAGAGGAGGAGAGAAGGAAGGGGUGACUAACUCACUCUGGCAUCUGCAAAUCAUUAGCAUUUCUCACUGAUCUUUGUCAAAUUAGAGUAUAGCUGCCAAGACAUUGAUCUAGCUUCUCCCUUGUUAAACAUUGCAGUUUUUAACAUUGGACUUUUAUGCCUGUUAAAUUCAUAAUUAUGAAAAAAAAAGUUAGUGGCUUAAAUAACAUUAAUUGGUAUACUUCAUAAAAUAAAAAAAUUCAAUGCAAGAGCUAUUUUAUAUUUUAAUUUUAUAAGCAAGCUACGCAUAUGCCUUAAUGUGAGUCUUCCCAUUAGAUUAUAUGCCUAUCUUCUCAUUUUUGUAACUGAAAUCUACCCCAACUAUUGAAAAUAAUUAUUCCUGUGGUCUUUAUUGUUUUGUGUUAAUGUCUAUUAUAAAUAUAGCCUUAAAAUUUAAUAAUGCACUUUAAAAUACUUGUGCCAUUUAAGCAAUUUAAUUUUGACAAGAGUUAAACUGAUUACAUAUAUUUUGAUGGAGAUGGUAGAAUAACAGUGUUAGCAAAUAUCUGUUACCUCUUGACAUUUUGGAGGGUAAUCAGAAGCUGGAAAUUUGAAACAAGUAAAACAUACCUGAAAAAAAUGUAGCUGAGUUUCUGAAGUUAUAGUAAUCCUAGAUCCUGGCAUCAGCAGCUUAAAUAUAGCAAGUAAUUGUAAUUAAUAAAUGUUACCUAACAACCUAGCUGGAAUCUUUGCUUAAAACUUAAUUUCUAUUGCAAAUUUUUAUCUGCAUUUUCAUUUUUUUAUAAAAUACAUAAAAAAUUCCACUGACUAGAAGCAUAGUAAAUCAAAACAAUUACCAACAGCUAGUUUAGCAUAUUUUGUUUUUCAAAUCAUUGUAAUUUAAUCAUGACAUUUUCCUUACCUAUGGAAAAUAAGUUGCAAAAUUCCCUUUUUAGUCUGUAUACUUAUAACAAUUACUUUAGUAAAACCAAAAUAAUUUUUUAGAACCAUUAAAAUAUGGUCUGAACAAAACCAGAGUUCCCAAAUUUGGGACAUAUUCAAGAUCACCAGAUAUUAUCUUUUCAGUGCAAACCAAUGAACGAAACUUUAAAAGAGAAAUGCAGCAGAACUCCUUUGUACCUUCGGUUUUGAGGAUAGAACUAAAACUUUUCAUAGCCAACUGUUGUGUGGGACUUCUGUUGUAUAUCACUGUUGUGAGGCUGGAACUUUAGUCGACUUUAUCUAAAU